AUUCCGUUAAAUGGACGUACUUGUAAGUACUUUCACGAAUUACUUAUAUUUAAGCAUUUGCUUAAAUUCCUGUUUCCUGUAUAAGACAGAGACUGGAAACAUGGGAUAGACAAGGUUAGCAAAUGCUUAAGACGAUCUUAGGAAUAAGCAAUGACUCCGAAUACCGGCCAUAAAAUUAUUCUAAUGUCCUGCGCUCUUUAAGUGGAUGAGGAUAAGGUAGAAAUACCCUGCUGGAAAAGCUUGAUGCCUACUAUACUGAUACUCGAUAAGAUCGCUGAAGAACAUGUAGGUGAAUCGAUAGAGGGCGGGCAGGUUUAAAUGACCGCCGUGGAUUUUCGUAGCCGUCGGCGGAGUUUUUAUUUCGCGUUGCUGCGCGAGUAAGCAGAAGGGUUUCGAUAUGUCAGAGAUUCGGCGAGAAUGUAGGAUCGCGUGUAAUGUCAGCUACAAGUGACGCAUCUGCGCUUCCCGCGGCGCGUUCUUCACGCGAAACGAUGCCAUCAGGAUAAAUUAUGCCUCGAAAAGAGAACACCAAAGCGAAAACAUGGGAGCGAGACAGAAGAAAACGUAUGAAUGCAUACUUCAAAACCCUGGCGGACCUUCUGCCACCACACCAGGAGGGUCGGAAACGGAACAAGGUCGACAUUCUGAUCCAUGCAUCAAAGUACAUCAAAGACCUCCAUAGUCGCACCGAGGACUUGUUCUCUGCUCACGCUUCGGAUGCUCACAAAGAGGAAUUGACUCGUUUGAAAAAACUCGUAACUCAGCUUUUCUCGCGGACACAGCUGUUAUCCACCCUUUUAAGGGAGGCUGGUAUUUCUGUACCGGCGGAGCCAGCGUUAGAAAAAAUUUCUCCCUUGAAAUGGUCGAAUAAAAUCAACGUGGAGGAUGCUGAGAAAUAUUUCAGUAAAAUUGAUGAAAUAAAAAGUUCUGAAAAUAAAAGGGAUAAGUCGGCUGACCUUAAAGUGCCUUCUAAGAGGAAGUCGAGUACUUCUAAUUCGUCUAGUAAAAAAUCGAUAGAGAGUAGCGAUGUUUCUAAGGAUAUGAAUAGUUCCUUGGAGAAUCAGGAGAAUCGGGUGAACUCUGCGAAUAGCAAUGAUGAGAAUGCAGAAACUACAGGCAAUAUAUUGGAUGCGGGAUCGAAAGAUCCACAAGCUUGCCAAACAAGUUCUGAUACAACAGUUAGUUGUCCGACGGUAAACGGGAAAGCAAAUAAUGCGUUACAGAAAGUAGAAUCUCAAAAGAAAGUGAAAAGAAAAACAAAGAAGAAAGAGGAAAAGAAAUCGCUAGCGCCGUGUAUAAAUAAUUCCGUGACUAGUUUAACUCCUAAUACUUUAAUAUUAUCCGGUGGCAAGUUAAUGCCGUUGGUCACUCCGAUAACUUCGAACAUAAUUGUAAAUACUCAGCAACAACCGGCGAAUCCCAUAAUCCUCGGUAGCGCUCAGCAGAAUCAGAUGAUCGUGAUGCAGCCAUUGACGAAUCGCAUGCAAAAUCCCGUGGUAUCUAUUUGCAAUCAGGCCGUGAUUAACACCGUUCAGAAAGUGACGUUGAACACGGUGCCCAGUAUCCGAGCAAACAUGGUGGUGGACUCGCAAAGUUGGGCGUCGAAUGUAAAGAACAUAAUCAAUGCGACGAAAAUCGGCGGCCACAAAGGCAUACUACCGAAAGGCAAAGAAGUCACCAAGACAACGAUGACGUACAAAGUUCCUAUACCAGCGGUUCACAAGGAAAAGGCGGAAAAGUCCAAGGAACAUGGAACGAAGAAGGACGCGGAAGUGAAAUCCAGAAUCAACAAAAGUCACGCGAAAAAUUCUAGAAGUCAGCAAUCUACGGAAACGGUGGAAGAGAAAAAUGAAAAGGAAAAGAAUACGAAAAAUGCGGAAGAAACGGCUUGUACACAGAAAUCUGGGUUGAAACGUUCUGCGAACACGGAAACUGGUUCUAUCGACGAACCUGGUGAUAAAAAACGGAAAACGAAUGAGAAAGGAGAUAGUACGGCGAAAGUCCCUGCGCCGAAAUCAGAUUUGGCUGUGACUUGUAAAUCCAUCGAGAAUUUGAAACACGUUAUAGAGAAGAUAGGCGAGAAUACGAAUGGAGGGCAAGAGAAAGAUCGUGCGUUGACUCGAUUGGAGAAGAAAGAAAGUGAAGCGAAUACCGAAUGUUGCGUUUUAUUAGGAAGUACUAAUGGGGAAGAAGUUUCUGAAUCGUCCAAGUCGAUGGACGCUCUACCAUCGGACAGCAUUCAAUGUGAAACUAAUGGAGAUCAAGGUGCAUCGAUUCCAGCCACUGCGCCAUCGGCAACGUUCACGGACGACCAUUUGAAAUCAAAUAACGAUAACGUUUCAGUGUCUUCCGAAACAGACUUCAGUAUACCUGUAGAUACGCUAGAAAAAUCCAGCAAUAAUGUUGAUCAAUCGAACACUAAAUCACCAUUAAUGGAAGUUGAACAUGUAGAUGAAGAAGGUGCUAAAAAGAUGAAAGAAGUAUGUAAUCUAGGCACGGAGUUCGAUAAUCUUCUCCGAGCAACAAAAGAAUCGGAAGUCGUCGAAGGAACAACGAACUUAGAAAGCAAUAAAAUUAUUCUGAAUCUGGACACGAAUACAACGACGACUUUGAAAUCAGAAACAGGAGCCACGGUCCAGACCUCAGAUACCGCGGCGCCUCCAUCGGCACUUCUUUCGGUUAACGUCGUAGAAGAUGAAUCUAAGCUAACGAAACCGUCGAAGAACGAAGUAUCGAAGACCUCGCUGUCGUAUAAUACUGAAAAUUCUUUCGUACCUAUUGGCAAUAGAGCUGACGGGCUUCACUCCGAUCUUUCAAACGACAUAUUCGCGUCUCUUCAGGUGCCUUCCAGUUCCCAUAACCCAGAAUCGAUAUCUCCAACAGCCGCAUUCCUUAUGGCCUUCCCUCUGGUGUCUUCGCUCAACGGCAAAACGGAAGUGUUAGAAGAAGAAAUGAAAGAGGACUUCAAAUAUCAUAGUCAAACACCGCCGAUGCUUUUACAAAUCGGAGCGAUGGAACCCAACAGUUUCAAAUUAAAAACGACGUCGCCCUCUCAUUCGAUUGCGGAGAAACGUUUAAAGGUAGCUUGCGAGGAGAAGAAGAUCGCCAGUCCUCCCGUAAGUGAUACGCUGGUCCCUGUACAAUGUUCCACAACUACAAAAGCCCUACCGAAAAUCAUAAGCAAUGAACCUCUCAGAGAACCCUUCAAGAUCGUUCAAAACGUGUUGACAUCGUCCUUAGAGAAGUCUGUACCCUCGAGUACAUUUUCCCAUACGACUUUGUACUGCGUUGCCAGCGCUUCGGGUACGAGUUCUGUCACAAGCGUUUCGCAAGCUGCGGAAAAUUGUCAAAACCAUCUGACGACUAAUCUUAGAAACGCGAUAACGAAUACUGGUAAUGAGAACGUCGCUGCUUCUCAAAUGGUCGCCGCUACCAUAGCGAAUAAACCAGAUCAAGCGAAUUGUUCGGUUCAGACUUCGACUUGCGACACUAACGUCCGGUACAGCACCUCUCAGGAUUUCUUAUCGAGUUACACGACGAUCGUCGAAAACAAUUUAACUUCGUUGCAGCAGGAUGCGUCCGGGUGUACUAAUUCGACGAUCCAAGAAACAAAUCCUGUUGGAUUGAAUCAAACCGUCGUCCCCGACGUUUCCCAGGCAUCACUGGUUCCUCACAUGACUAACGUUAGUACAACCACAAACUCUUCGUCACUGCCAAUACAGUCCUUGCAAAUGGAUUACGUUUCCCAAAUGAAGGACAAAGAAUCUCAUAAUUCUCGGGUCGCGUACGGUAUUCACGCAAUCAAGAAUUCUUUAGCGGAGUCUAACAUCGUUUCUACUAAUCGCGUGAACUAUACCGGACACAUAGACAGAGCUCUUCCCACUUCGUCGCAUAGUGUACGGCAAGAAUACACGAUGCAAUCGAAGAACACGUCUCUACCGAUCCUCUCUUCGCAGGCUAUGCAGACUGUUUAUGAAUCGCAGUCGAAAGACAGCCACGUUUUGAACACCCAGCAGAAUCAUCAAAGUUACGCGGUGCACGAGAAGGAUCACAUAAUUCAGAACAGCCACAGCGAUUACACCGUGGAGCAGAAUAAGAAUAUCCCUCGGAAGGAUUCGUAUUCAACGGGGAGCACUAACGUAACUACUACUAGAAACCAGAAUUCGAUAUCGAACUCGGUGGAUUUCCAACGCGGUUACUCGAAGAUGAACAAGGAGGCUAGUACCUCGAGCAACGUCAUCGUAAAUCAGGAUACAAAGUUGAACGAUGUAUUGAGAUCAAAGCCUCAGGAGCCGCAGAAUCAUAGGAGGGAUACGACGUACAAUUCUACGAAGAAGAUGGACAUCGAUCCGUUCGCCCAGACGUUCUCCUACGGUGUGAAGGAGUCGAUGAGCGCACAUAAUUCUGAACAGUCUGUACUAAAUCCGAGCACCAAUAACAUGUAUCAAAGUAAAAGAGAAGAGACGCAGAAUUAUCCUACUUAUUCCAAUAAAGACGCGAAGAAGAUUAACACUAGUUCCUCGAAUAAUAUGAAUAGUAAACCGUUGAUACAAAACGCUCCGGUUACGCGUUACUCGCAACAGCCGACGUCUUUCGUGGCUACGUCUAAUUACGAGCAGAGUACGAUCACCGAGAAUCACGCGAAAUCGACGACUACCGUUGCUCAUAAUUCUUCCAACUUCAGUAUUUUAUCAUGGACAACUUUCUCUCCGGUCGGGGGCGGUGGUAAUAGUAAUUUAGUGCACUUCGAUCAAGGGUCUACGCAAACCGACAAUACCGAGGCGAAAACCAUCUGCGAGAAUUACAGUUAUAUUCCCUUGCACAAGGAGAGUCAGAACUUUUCAAACGUUUUAACCAACGACGUUUACUCGGCGAAUUCCACUAUGUCUAAUAUGGACAAGACGAGAAUGAAAUCUGGUAUGGAAGCGCAGAAACAGACAUUCGUGGAUCCCUCGAAAUCUAGAAAUAUUCAAACCAAUGUACCUCAAACUGGGAAACAAAAUCGGAUGCAGAGUCAGAAUCAGACUUCCUCCAAUAACAACGAUUAUAACAAAUUCGGUACCGAGAACAAGAACAAGUCUAAAUACGGGAUGGAAUCGGAAUAUAUUCAAAACGAAUAUUCUGGGAUGGAGCAGCAAUCGCAGCACAAGAGUCAUCAGUCCAUGGCGACGAAGCAGGACAAGACAGUUUAUCCGAUGACAAGUUACGAUACUCAAGUGAACUUCGAUUUACCGGAAGUUAGCUCGCAGAUGAAGUAUUCGGUCGAUACUUACGUGAGCUCGAACUUCAAGUAUCCCGACAAGUCACAGCAGCAAAGUCAGAAUAAGUAUCAACCUUUGGUUCAAACGCAAAUUCCUUCGCUCCAGCACGACAGCAUUGGCUACAACGACGGUAAACUCGGCCAGCAACAGAGCGCGACGAAGACCAAAGGUAACCAGCAACAGCACACGAUCAGGCCGACUGUUAACUGGAUGAUGACUCCGGAGAUCAAACACAACUCCAACAUCGCCGACAUUAUUUUGCCGCCGAUCGGGAAGGAGCUGGAGUUCUGUCAGAACAAUCUGUUUGGCCAGACACCGUCGUACAAUCAGGGAACGCCGAAUCAAUUUUACAAUAAUUACGACGUGACUGCCCACGGUUUCCCGAAUUUGCCCGUUCUGCAAAGCGAACCGAAGAGAACCACGGAUGUAUUUUAUUCUGAAGAGCAACCAUUCCCUUGGUCUCCCACGAAGACGAGCGUUCAUGUUGAUCAAACGCAGUCGGUCAAGGGUAUAGAUCAGCAUAUCGUUCCCUCGAGUCUUCCAACUCUGGUGGGUGACCUAGAUUUGGGCACCAAUUUACCCGAGAAACAAAAUUUCUUGUUCGGCCAAGUACCUCCGAGAGUUCCUUCCGACCAGAGUAAAGAUCCCAAUAAGGAUAAAGAAGGGAACGUAACGGGACGCGAUUACCACAACGUUUUGAACAAUCAGAGUGUGCAACAUCCUGGAGCCGGAUCCUCUUUUCUAUCUGUGAGCCAGUUAGUGGAACACGAAAAGGCCGAGAAGUCUCAUCAACAACAUCAUCAACAGCAUAAUCAUCAUCAUCACCACCAUCACCAUGCCCAUCAACAUCAGCAGCAGCAGCAGCAGCAACAACAACAACAACAACAACAACAACAACAGCAACAACAGCAGCAGCAGCAGCAGCAGCAGCAACAGCAGCAGCAGCAGCAGCAGCAGCAGCAGCAGCAGCAACAGCAACAGCAGCAGCAACAAACUAGGAAACAUCAAAGAAAGAGUAAUGCUAAUCCUAGAGGAAAUAGCAAGAGACAGAUAGAUAUUAGAAAACAGACUUCGGCUAACGAUCAGUUACAUCAGAGACACGAGGAGCAGAAGUCGUCCGGUCACAGUUACUCCGAGCAAAAUUAUCAGCAGCAACAGCAGCAACAACAGAAAUAUCAGCAGAACAAUGUCCACUGGAGAAGUAGGAAUUGUAAGAGCAAUUACACCGCCGAAGCGCUGAUAGGUACCAAUAACAGUGUGCAAGAUACUAAUCAAGAUAAACAUGCAUCGAUCAAAUUCUCUGCGAAUUAUUCGCAGAAUAAAUUCCAAACUAGCCUUCCCACCGCGGACGCGGUGAUGCCUUUGAAUUACUUUUCAAACGCCGACGACGGCAGUGGUUAUGGGCAGAUGGUGAACCAGAAUUUCAACUCGUACACGUAUCCAUCAAAUACUAACAUUUAUCCGACCUCGAACUUCAUCACUAGCAUAUCGAACACACCUACCAGUUACAUGAUGCCGUUGCACGACAACACCGACUACAUAGAAACCAAUACGUUCCUUUUGCCGAACGUCGCAAUCUCGUCGACGACCACCUCGUCGUCUACAUCUACCGCGACGACUUCUUCCUCUAAUAUAAAUACGAAUGCAAAAAAUCAUCAACACUAUGGGAAACACCAGAACUGCGACAAGAGAACGUAUCCUACAAACGCGAAGAAAGGGAAGAGAAAGGGUCUCGAUGGAACCAUGCAGAACUUAGAAUUCCCUUUGUCCGGUAUUAAUUCGCCUUUGGAGGAUUAUCAUCACUCCGCAACGUUCCUACCGCCUCCACCACCACCACCACCUCCGCAUGCGAGUUCUAUCUAUCAGAAUCAUUCGCAGUCGAACGUUUAUAGCAAAACUGUGAACGGUUUACCCGUGGCCGCGCCUCAGGGUAUGCCCACCGUGGCGACUGCUGGCUUCCCGAUGAAUCCGAACGUUGCGAGGGGAGGAAUUGUAGCGAGCAACCCCAUGACCAUGAGCCAUCAUCCCUCGGGAACUAGCUUGACUAAUUUUAAUCUGAGCACCAUCUUCCCCGAGAUGAAUGAUAAAAUCACAGGAUAUAAACCACAGAACGGUAUACCGUCGGGUUUAUCGCAGCCACCAAAUCAGUCGACAGCAUAUGCACAGAGAACCAACUACCCAACUAAUCCGCUCUGUCAUUUGCCACAGGUAUCCGAAGGAAGUCAAUUUGGUAAUAGCGUUCCUCCUCUUCCCCCUCCGCCUCCUCCGGGAGUGAUCCAUUACAAAAAUGUAUGAUAAUGUAAGUAUGAUCGAGAACAUCGGCCAAUUAAUGGUUGUACAUAUGUAAAUACAUAAUCGAUCAAUUAAUUAAAUUAAAAAUGAUUGACGUAGA